UAGUAGCACUGGCUUAAGCCGGCUUUAGCCAAGGUUUGCUGGUUAUGGUGGUGUGCUGGCGAUUUCAUUUUCACGGACACGAAUUGAUCUCCGGUGUUGCGUUGUUUCCUCUCUAGCUGAUGCACCAUGUAGUUGUUCGUUUUCCUUGCCGUGAGGAUUGCCUCUUCUACAUUGAAAGAAUAGCGUCUUAUUAGUUCCUGUGGGCGGCUUGUCACGACUGUCAUAAUGCAGCACGGUACUGUUCACAGCUUUCGUCAGUUCGAGCACCCGGAUUGGGAACUUGAAGUUCAUUGAACUGAGUUUGUCCAACUGUGGAGUGCGAGGCAACAACUGGCCAGCACGAGUUCAAGAUAAAACCAUGUCAUCUCAUGUGAAGCGGGAUGCAUCAUAUCGUUCUUAUGAUUCCGAGUGGGAAGCUAAAGAGGAAGUCCGGCUUCGAGAAUUGGAAGAGGCUCGGGCUCGGGCAGCUCAGAUGGAGAAAACCAUGCGUUGGUGGUCGGACUGCACAGCUAACUGGCGUGAAAAAUGGAGCAAGGUACGCACAGAACGGAACAAAGCGCGGGAGGAAGCGCGUCUCCUCAGGGCCCGUGUGGAUGCAGCAACGAAGGAGGCUGCAGCCCUCAAGCGUGAAAAGCAUGAACUGGAGGCAGAAGUUGAUCAGCUACGACGGGAGUUCGAAUACUUGCGAACUGCGGAGAGCAGCAAUAAAAGCAGGGAGACAGAGGUGCUGGCAUCUUCAAGCAGCCCAUCGUCCCAUGUAGAACGAGAGCACCUCGACCAGGAUUCAAGCAGCAGCCUCCCAUCUCAGCUUGAUUCUGACUCGACAGACCAGCAGGCGGCAUUACUACAGCUGCGCCUGGAUGAAGCUACAAAGCUGCUCCAUGCCGAAAGACAGGAGAAAAGCCAACUGACCAAAGCACUUGAGAAGCACAUGGCUGAGCUUGGACAGCUGCGGGCAAAAUAUGAUGAGCUUCGAAAAUCUCGCCAGGACACACUCAAAGAGCUUAAUCAAGUGAGAGCAGAGCACCAAGAUGAGCUGGAGUGUAUUCUUAUUGACCUGGAAGAUGAGGCAAGUGGUCGUACGUGUUUGGACAAGCGAAUGACUGAGCUCAGGGCUCAGCUGGUGCAGCUGCAAGGUGAGAAUGCUGCAGAAUGGGGUCGACGGGAGCGCCUGGAGACAGAAAAGUUAGCUCUGGAGCGAGAUAACAAGAACCUGCGUGCAUCGCUGCAAGAAAUGCAUGAGUGUCUGCAGCGUAAGACCCAGUCUCCUACGACAAACCCUGACCAAAAGACACUUCAGGCUGAGCUGCAGCAUCGUACAAAGGAACUGCUUGACCUCAAGCAUGCUCAUAGUAAGCUGAAGAAAGUUCUCCAGGAGAAAAGUACAGAAUUGUCUCAUGCACUGCGACGAUCAGAACAGUAUGAGGCAGAGGUGAAGAAGCUUCGAGGGCGUAUUGAUGAACUCAAAAAAGAACUCGCAACUGCUGAGGAUGAGGCUGACACUGCCACCAACAGUAUUCGCAAACUUCAGCGCAGUAAUGAUGAGCUGCAGGAGCAGAUUGAAACACUGCAGAUGCAGCUGGAGCACUUACAGACAAGCGAACAAGAAUGCUUGGUUUCAUCGAUUCACUUGGACACUGUCAAGGUUGAAGAACAGUGUGCCACACAAGCUUCACAGCCUGCACCAUCUGAGCAGCCGAGGCGAGCAGGCAGCUGACUUGCUCAGCGAAGAUGAAGUUGGAGAGGGUUGACAACCUUCUUGACACCUCUGAAGAUAGGCUUUUGUGACUGCAGAAUAGCUUUAGUGCUGCUUGUGCAGCUCUCAAGUGGCAUGUACUAUAUCUAUAUAUAUAUGUAUAUAUGCAGGUGAUUUGUCUAAACAAAUAUAUGAAGGAAUUCAGGCAUAGUACAGUUUGUGCAGCAAGAUAUCUAUGUGUACAAAAGAUUCAGCUAACUUGUUGGCUUGUUACAUGAAGUGCACUAGACUAGACUCUCUUGCAGAAUAUGAUAAUACUACAUAGGAAAUUCAUUUCGUCUUACCAGAAGGCUAGCUUAAAAGAAGUGCGUCAGAUGUAUGGAAAUCGCACAUUUUAAGCUUCUAGUGAGCUGCUGAAUGUUUUCAUCAUCUGGUUAAAUUCUUUAAAACAUGGUAAAAAGAAACUUGAAGGUAUAGUCCAUCCAAAGCUUUCAUUUAAUUUUUUAUGCAUUUUGCAUCAGUAUCCCUCAUUUCAUUUUAUCAAUUUUAGACAAAUUUUCUUAAUUAGACAGUUGUGCUGCAAGAUAGGAGCAAGCAAAGUAAUGCAAGAUUGGUUAUGAUGGCUGCCUGGUAAAUAACCUAAAGAGACCCCACAGAAAUGUUUAAUGAAGGUUUAAAAUGUUUUGGCUGUGAAGCAACACUUUGCAAAUCUUCAUUGGUGAUUUUUCUAAACACUUCUGUAUCAGCAGAGUUAUAGAAGCUUCAUAAGUAGCUGUUCAACAGCUUGGAUGUGUGUACCUUUCUGGUACAGAACAAUACUCAUAGUAUUUAUGAGCAGGGGCACAUCUUCAUCCCAAAUUUUUUUAUUCAAGUGCCUAAGCUAGUUACUAGACACAUGGCUCGCUAUGUUCACUUAGUUCACCUUUUCCACUGCUAUGUUUGGUACAGCUUUCACCAUUUAUGCCAUUGAAGGAGCCCAUUGAAUAGCAGCCAUUGCUGGUGAUGCCAGAGACUACAAAGUGUGGUGUGAAAUUUCCAAAGGCAAGCUCAUCUUCUUUAGCAAAUUUUCUUGUUAAACAGCACAAAACCAGACAAACGAUGCAAAAAGGGGACGUAGAUAAGCGCUUGCCUUCAUUAACCCUUUGAGGGUCAAUUUUUUUCGCCAUAUGCGACCGCCCAGGGUCUAUUUUUUUUUAUUGCAAAUUCCAAUUAUACUUAGGAACUCAUGUCGAAAAAAAUUUACCAUAAUUUUUCUAGGGUGACCAUAACAAAAGAAAAAAAAUUUUACGUUGGUAUAUAUGUACUCUUCAUUCAUGAAUAACAACAAUAAGAAAUGAAAUAAUCUUAUAAGAAUUAAAAUUUUGAUGCAUUGUUAUACACACAGUUAAAGGUUUUGAAAAUGCGCACACGAGAAUAUUUCGCAACUCUCACCUGUUCCUGCUCUUAUACUAAUAUUUACGUCUGUAGUGUAAUCGAACUGCGUAGGUGCGCACAGUCAAGAAAACUGUGGUUGUGUGCCCGUCAAGAAAGCAAAACGUGUGACAAACUUAUGCUAAUCUUCAUCUUAUCACCAACCAGAGGAAAUUUUCGCAAGUGUUUAAAAAAAAAAAAGCAACGGAAAUGCAUACACGGUGGCAUCGAUCCCUGAUGGGAUCGACAGUAUGAAUAAAUAAAUAAAUAAAAUAAAUAAAUUUGCACCCUUGUGAGCACUAAACGAGCGAGAAACAAGCAGUAGCCUUUUGAGCGAUUAGCAACGAGAUAACCAUCAGUUUUUCAAGCGCAAGAAGCUGAAACCGCCAGUGGAACAAUACCCAAACUGCUGCCCGCCCACCCGUGCGCCAUUGUGCGAGCUGUAGUAUAUAGACUCGCAGGAGCAAACUAGCUCUAAAACAAACCAUGCAACAAAAACCGAGAGACGAAUGCGCGCCAAAAUAAUUUCAUGUAUUCCCACAUAGUGGCAGCACAUGAUAGAAAAGAAGUUAGGAAAUUGGCGUGCUUUUUAAAUGUACAGACAGUGCCGUAAAUAUACGGCAUUGACUAUUUUUGGACUUGUUUGCAGCGCCAUAUAUUUACGUCAUUGACUCUCAAAGGGUUAAGAGCUUCUCUGCAGUGUGUAAAAGGAUUAAUGUUUUGCUCAAAUGUUAAAGGGGCCCUGAACCACUUGUUAUUGAAGUGCAGAAACAUUUGAAGUCAAAAUAGGCUAUUUCAGAAAUACGUUGCUGCAGGAACACUUCAGUGCGUUCAUCAGAAGCGGACUUAUUGGCAGUCAAACACGGCCUCUGCUGUGCUCCCGUUCCUUCUUCAAUGCCUUGCACUGUGAAGGCUAGGGCACAGUGGGGCAAGCUCACAACACCCACCUUCUAAAUGUCACUGUGGCACGCAGUUCAAAUUUCAUUUUGGAUGUUAACAUAGGCUCCGCAACUUCCGCCUUUGGUGCCUACGACACGCUAAACAUAAGCCAAAUGCGGUUGUCCUGAUCAAGCUGCAGUGCACUUAGUCUGUGGACUUGCGGCGGCACCCCGCGGCAGCUGCGGUAUCUACGCCAUGUAGCUGACCGCAGCUUGAUGUCAGCUAUCGGCCAAUAGCAGCCAUCUAAGGGAAUGAUGAAAUAAGGCAUCUGAUGACAAAAUAAAGCAUCCAGAAGAGAGUGAAGACAGGGCCUUCUGUUGAAAAGAGAGCGUUUGAGAGAAAGGUGACUUUGCAAUCCGCUUGUGAGGUUCACGCACCUCGUAUGACAGCAAAACUUGGCUGAGAUGUUCACAGCAGUGUAUGCUACCCCGCGGACUAUGUUAUUUCACCACUUCAGAGCGGUGGUUCAGGGUCCAUUUAAAAGGGUGCUGACUCAAAAAUGUUUUCUUUUUUCUCUCUCUUUCCUUCCUUUUGUUAAGUUGUUGCUAGCCUUAAUUUCUAGGAUUCGCAUCAGAUUGUUAAUUAUGUUGUCCAUUAAUGUGACCAGUUUAAAAUACAUACUAAGUGGAGUUAGGCUUUGUGUUGUAGGAUGUAUUGAGCAGGACUUUGUCAUGUAUCACAGAAAUAUGUGUGGGGGUCAAGUGGUAUCACAAGCAGCUAACGUGUGCAUCAGUUGGCCUGGUGUGGCGGUCGCAGCCACACCUGUCCAUGUUGCCCAAACCUGGGCACACAUUUUAUAGGCCAUUCUUUCCUCCUCAACACUGUGCUUCUCGGCAUUCAACAUGAGAUCAGCCUUGCCCUCUGCUGUCACUAUUAUCUUAUCUCCCCUGUUAUCAUAUUGAGUGCCUAAUGCUCUCAACUUAUGGCAAGAUGAUCAAAAUGCGGCUUGCGACCACUGCAUCAGGCUGGCCAACCCAUGCGUCGGCAAUUUGUGACAAUAUCUGGCCACCACCUCCACUUCCCAUGAUGUAUGGAGGAAUGCUGCUCACACACCCGAAGCCAUGGUCCACUUAAUGUGCAUUUUAAUUUGGCUGUUUUAAAAGGUCGCGUAAUUGGCGAUGUGUUGUGUGCCUAAGGAAUUGAAGUGAUAACAUGAAUGGGGAGUUGGCAGCUAAUUAAAAAAAAGCAAAAAAUAAACAUGCAGAUCCAGUGCACUGUUUGAGUCUAAAUGACUCAAAACUUGUUUGAGUUAGCAAGGUAGCAGCAGUAGCUGAUGACCUGGGCACAGCUUUAUCACUUGUAGCAGUUAGCUGUCUGUGCCAUGAGGAGAAAAGUAGUGUAUGAUGCUUGUCGAGGAUAGAUUGAUAAGAGGAGUAUGCACAGAGAAGUAUGAUACAUAUCUAAAUACAUUUAAGGCUUCUAGGCCCCUUGUGUCGUAGUGACACAUACUCAUUCUGAAGGUUUGGCCAAGAAUGGUCACAUACCUAGCAACCCUAGUUGUUACUUGACAAGAUACACGCACAACAUGUGGGAAGAGAGAAAGGAAGCUAAAAGCAAGACAGAAAUUUUGUGUCAGUGCUCCUUUAAUGAUCAUGCAAUGUAAUUACGUGGUGGGUUGUUAUGCAUGUCCAAAAAAUAAAGGGGGGAACAAGAACAGUGCCAAAGCUGGAAACAAAAGUGCGGACACAUAUAACUGUCUUUCUUUCUUGCUCUUCUUUCAGACACAGCUUCCAUGUUGUGCAAACAAAAAUUGGAUAAUUUGUUUUAAAUACCUUCAGUAUCAAUAGUUUAUUUCUUUAAUAAGUAGGUAUACAUGCUUACACGAGUAUACAGAAGGGCACAGAGAAGUAUUAUGUCAUUGUUGAUGUCAUUGUUGCCUGGACAUUUGUGUUGACUUGUGAUACACAUGACACACUGAGAAGCCAGGAUAUUUAUUUGAUGAAGACAUAUAGAUAUUGUGAAGACAUUCUUAAAAUGUGUGCAUGUUGUUGUCUAGCAAGAAAAAGCUUUCUGGGGUGUACAGCUUUCAUGUGAGCAUAUAUAAAGUUUUCUUGUGGGAACAAGUAGCAGACAUGUGCUAAAUCUGUCAGUGCGCGUCUGCCCACUUAAUUCCAUCACAGUCUUUUUAAUAGUUGUUAUAUGUGCUGAAACACUCUGAAUUUUGUCAGCCUUAAAAUUGCACUCUCCAUGAGACAGUCUUGUUUAGUUGUAUUAUAGUGCAAAAAAUUAUCUGCAGCCGUAUUUAUUGUUCUGAGCUAUAUUCAUCACAAAGUAGCAAACGUUAUCCAUUGUGUGUUGUCAUUGGUAUUGAGCUAUCCACUGUGGUGUUUUUCAUAUUGAGUUUUUUGGUGGCGUGAAAAAUCUUGCUUGUGUAAAAAGGUGGAUGGUGGUUGUCUCACUCUGCAUUCACUUAACCAUAUUUGUGGCAGCAAGUGUACAUCAAUGUUGCUCAUUUUUGUAGGCUCCCUUCUCAGGCUGGAACAUGCUAUUGAUGCAGCGACAGUUCUGGCGAAAUGAUCACCACUUGUUCACGUGGAGUUGGCUUGGUGGACCAAAUAGUAUGUGCAUUGCCUGAGAGAUGGUACACAGGGUCAAUUUCUGUAGAGGUCACAGGUCAUGUUAAUCUAGGGCCUGUAUGCCUGAGUCCUUUACUUUCAUGGAUUACUUUCCAUCACCUGCUGGGGAUGAAACUUUGUGCAUACAAAUCUGAAGGUAAAUUGGAGGCCGUUUGAAGCAGGUGGUCCAUCAAUUUGAGCUCAGUCUACUUGUUUAGCCAAAUUCCGAGGUAUAUUUAUUAAAAACUAGUGACUGCUUUAAACUGUAUUUUUGUCUAAAAUGUGAAAAUUUAAAUUGUGCAAGUGUGGCAUUAUGUCCACUAGCAGGCAGUUAAAGUAUCAGUGAAUGUCACAUUCACCUUUUCUCUGCUGUUCCUUCACAGUGUGUUGCACACUCCAAAUAAAAAUAAAAAUCGAAAAUGCAAGUUUUCCUGUGUAAUAAGUAGAAUAAGGUCUGUCUUUUGUAUGUUUAAGCUUCAUGGCAAAGCCAAGCAGCAAGUUUUUGUGUUGACUGCCUGCGAUGCAAUCGCACCAAGCUGUUUUGGUACAGCAAAUGCCCACAAAAACAGUUGUAUUGAUUUAAGGCCGACGAUAGAUUCUAUGGCAACAGCACUCUAGGCAACAGCAAAGGAACGUGGUCACAAAGAAUAAGAAAAAGGCGAUUCUCUAGUGCAUGUCUUUUCAGGGACCCUUACCGCUAUGUUCUCGACUUGUCACUGACUGAGAGAAACAAGAUCUUGCGGCUCAGUUGCAACAUGGCAUGCCAAAUAAACUGCAGUGGCGAUCACUUUUGGUACGUUAGCGCAAGCUCUUGUGCCAGUUGGUGCAUGAUAAACUUGAAAAAGGGGUACCUGCAGCUGUCCUGUUAUUUUGAAUCUACUGUGGUCGAGUUUAAGGGUCGCAUAUUUUUACAAAAGAAAGGGAUUUGUAUUGGGUCUAGCGUUGCCCCAGUCCUAUGCAGUAUCUUGCUGGCAAAAAUGGACAACCUCAUUUUCACAUCCUUGAACAACAAUCAUGUGGUGUGUGUAUUUAGGUAUGUUGACGAUUUUUUUUUAUCUUUUUAAGGCUUUCACCAGGGCACAUAGUAGAUAGUAUAGCACAGGGUAUUUUAUGUGGUUUUAAGGAAUGCUCUCACGGUUUAAAUUUCACCUACGAACUGCCGGAUAACAAAGGCAUUAAAUUCCUUGACUUACAACUAACCUUUCACGACAAUGACCACGUCUGCUGAAUGUUUUCAUCUUGAACUAAAAAAGCACUAAUGUCGUAUGAUGCUUAUCAGUCUAAGCUGGUCAAGAGGGGUGUAGUGGUUGGAAGCCUUCUGGAUGCAGAACAGAAAAGCUGCUGCCACCAAAUGGUGUGUAGCCUGAAACAGCAUUUUGAGAGGUUGCUUGCAGAAGCUUUCCCUCUCUCGGUCAUUAGGGCUUUGCUGAAGCUGGAUUGCUGAAAUUGAAGGGUCUUGCAGGCCAGAAGUUGCUGACAUCAGAGCGGAGAAAGCAACUACAAGUAAUGCCAUAUAUUCAUAAAAUCUCCCACAGCAUUAAGAAAGUGGUGGAAAGGCAAGGUGUAAGCAUUGUAUUUUCUGCGCCUUGCAGACUGGUUAGCCUGUAUGCAAGGAUUGGAAAUUAGGGGAUAAAGAGAGGGGCGUGUAAAAUUAAACAUGUGACGCCCUUCGUCUAGUGCAAGACUGGGGUUGUUUACCGCAUUCCGUUGGCUUGUGGUAAAGUAUGUAUAGGCCAGACAGGUAGAUGUGUUAAUAGUGCCUGCAAGAACAUAACACAUCCUUAAGUGGGGACCAGGGAAGCAAUUUGGCAGUUUAUUACUGCAGCUACAAGAAGUGAAAAAAGAAAGUGCGCCACAGUUUGGUCGUGUGACCAUCUUAGGGAGGGGUAAGACUAGAUAGGAAUAGGAAAUCUUGGAAGCCUUUCACAUUGGAAAUUGGAAAGAAAAUUGUGUCAGUGAUACGUCUGUGUUUAACCAACAAGGAACGUGCUUGCCUAUCGGGUAGGUAAAAGGCGAUUAAAAAACUUGCAUUGAUGCACGGGUCUUGGGAGGAGUACAAGUUGUGCACACUUUGGCUGUUUUCGUGCGGCAAUGUACUUUUCGAGGUGUUAUCAACGCACAUGUCUUGGGAGGAGUUGAAGGUGCGCAUGCAUCAGAGGUUAUGUGCAGCAAUGUGAAUUCCAAUAAAGUACAGUUGAAAGUGUAG